ACAGCCCUACUGGUGUGUCGAGUGAGGUGCCUCUGGACGGUCCAGCAACCAGUAGCCUAAUUAUUUUUCAUGUAGCCCCUUUUAUCGAUCGGAAUGCGCGUUUCAUUCAUUGGAUGAACGCUAUCAGUUGCACUGUUGCAAGACCGCAGGAUGGAGUUUCCACUCAGCUCGCCCCCGUUCCACUACGGGUUGCGCGCAUCUGGCCAAGGCGAAGUCUGGAGCGACGCGCGCCCCGAGGACAAGUUCCGUCAGUACGGAUGGCGCUGUGGCACAAACGAGGAUACCUACGGUCCGAAAACUUUGAUAGGAAACUGGGUCGAACAACGUAAAGACGACAAAUAUAACAGGAUAUUACGUCCGUUACCUUCCCAGUUUUCUCACUACUUUGAAACCAGCUAUUCUUCAGCCUUCCAAAGAAAAGAGAGGAGACCGAUAUCUACCUGUGAACGGAGAGAGGUGAAGAGUUUCCCGGGUCACCAGCCCGAGUUAGACCCUCCCAGCAGCCCUCCCAAGUCCUGCUACCGCCGAGACUACAUCCCGUCCUCGGCCUCUCUGCGUGAACGCACACACACGUCACACACACCUAGAACUCCUGAGUUACAGGCACAGGCAGGCGAGACUGAAGCCCCCAUUUCAACUCCUCAGUAACCCCUCAUCACCACCACCAUCACCUCACCAGGAAGGACACAAUCUUUGUCUCGGUUUGCAUCUGUCAUUUAUAUUUUUACAAUGCAGUCCUACCUCUUUAACCUAACCUAGGUUUUUUACCAAAAAAACAGCAACUAUAUAUACCAAUAUAAACAAUGAAAGUAAAUAAAAACAAUAAUGGAACCCUUU